UGCCGCCACAGUCGUUCUUAGCAUUAUAUUUGCCAGAUACCGGCCGGCGUUCUCAUCGAUUUCUUCGUUUCGUUUGUGUCAUUUGAUAUACAUUGGUCAUGAGCGAGAACGUCACUUCUCAUAAGCAAUGUCUGCUUCCUCAAAUAGACCUGGUCGCAAAGGUAAAAUAUUGGCUCAAAGAAGACACUCCUAGCUUCGAUUACGGAGGUUAUGUCGUAGGAGAUAAACAAGAAAGAGCUGUGCUUCUAUGCAAGUCACCAGGCGUACUGAGCGGGGUUCCUUUCUUUAAUACUGUUUUCAGUGAACUUAAUUGCACAGUAAGUUGGGUCUAUGAAGAAGGAACAAGCCUGGAGCCGAUCUGCAAUGUUGCGUAUAUUCAUGGAAAGGCCAAAGACUUGCUUUUAGGCGAAAGAGUGGCACUCAAUAUUUUAACCAGAUCCAGCGGCAUUUCGACACAAUGUAGAAACCUUAGUAAGAUAAAAUUGAGAAAAAACUGGCAUGGAGAGGUUGCAGGCACUCGAAAAACUACUCCAGGAUUCAGAAUUGUUGAGAAAUAUGCUUUGCUUGUAGGUGGUUUGUCAACCCAUAGGUACGACCUAUCUUCAAUGAUCAUGUUAAAAGAUAAUCAUAUUUGGUCUGUCGGAAAUGUCAAAAGCGCUGUCAAAAAAGCCAGGGAAGUGUGUGGCUUCUCAACUAAAAUUGAAGUGGAAUGUAGGAGUGUCGAAGAAGCAAAAUGUGCAGCUGCUGCAGGUGCAGAAAUUGUGAUGCUAGAUAAUUUUGCUCCUUGUGCUUUGCAUGAUGCUGCUAGAGAAGUGAAAGAGUCAUUCCCUUAUUUAAUAAUAGAAGCUAGUGGAGGAAUCACGGAAAAUAACAUAGAGGACUUUAUGGGGCCAAAUGUUGAUGUUAUAUCAAUGGGAUGUCUCACUCAAGGAUAUCCAGUUGUAGAUUUUUCAAUGAAGAUUAUGAAAGAAGACAAGAACCCUGAAAAUCCUACAGUAACGAAUGGGGUGAACAGUCACUGAUUCAGGAAUAAAGACUUUUUCCCUAAUGGCUUUGAUGUAAUUCAACAAGAACAUUUAUGUGGGAUAUUCCAUAUUUAGUGUACCCAGCUUGUAAAGUGUUGGUACACCAUCUUCUGGCUUUCAUAAACAAACAGCCACUUACAUUUGUACACACAAUUUAAAUCACUUUUAUUGUAGACAACACCAAUUGAAUAAGUGGUAAAUUUAAUUUCAUAACAUCUCAUCAUACAAUUUCACAUUUUGCUUUUCAAAUUACAUUUAAUGACCAAGAGAAUUAAUUUCAUAAAUAAUAGACUUCUGUAUUUUUUAACAAAAUUUCCUGUACUAUUUAAGCAAGUUUUUGAGCAGCCAGUUGCUGUGCAUUGAAUCCACUUGCCAGCAUAUCAACUUCAGCUCUGCUUUGUUGAAUUGAUGGUCUUGGCAUUAUAGGCAUGUCAUUUUGUGGAUGUCCAACAGUUAUCUCUUUUCUAGAAAAACAUUUUUACGAUUG